AUGGUGGAACGAAUUGAUGCCGACGAAGACACUGCGGUUCUCCUUUGUUUGACACCGAGUGGCAAGGAUUAUAUUAUUUCCUCAGUCGAUGCUGAGUGGAUAGAAGCGAAAACAUCAUCAAAUGAACUUUACAGCGGAUUGACGAUAUUGGAUCUUCCUGACAAUUCGUUGAUCAACCUAGAAACUCAGACCAUAGAACUCGAAGCGCCGCCAGUGUUGGUCAACAAUGAGAGUACGAUAAGGCACCGAGGUCGCAAACUUACCGCUGUAAUAGGUGUAAAGACUAUACUGGCGGUUAGAGUAAUAGCAGCGAACGCAGAAACAUCCCCGUCCGAAGCGCAAUUAGCCAGCGAUAUAUUUGGUGGCGAUGGCCUCGAUUUUGUGAAUGUGAGAUCGCAAUACUUGGCAUGUUCUCACGGAAAGCUUGAUUUUCAGAAAGCAACCGGCAGGAGCGGGUUAUCCACGAGCAUUUAUAAUGGUGUUGUUACAGUACAAGUGGAUAAAGCGACAUCCGUUGGUGCCAGAAAUAUGGUGAAUGCGGUCAACGACGAGCUGACGCGACAGUUCAACACUCAUCCCUCGAAUCUGGCAUCAUAUGUCAUGUACUUUUUGCCUGCUGGAACCUUCGGAGGCUUUGCUUAUGCUUACAUGAAUGGUUAUCGGUCGAUUUUCAACGACCGUUUCGCAUAUGCGGUCUCGAUUCAAAUGCACGAACUAGGACACAACUUGGGAUUAGGGCACUCGGGGCAUGGCGGUGACAAAUACGGAGACCAAAGUGGACUAAUGGGAUACUCCUACGGAAACGACGAAGCACCAAAAAUGUGUUUCAAUGCGGCGAAAAGUUGGCAACUGGGAUGGUACGCUGACAAGACCGGAAGUGCCACACCAUCGGGCAAGUUCCAGUUCGCUGGGCGACUAGGAAGCAUCGUUGACUAUCCGACAACGAAUACACGCGUCCUAAUUGAAAUCAAGGAGAGUACUUCUGAAUGGGCGUACUACUUGAACUAUAAUGCGGCAAAGGGAUUCAAUAUUGGGACGGCUGAAGGACGAAAUAGUGUACUUAUAACAAAGAAGCACACUGGUAGUCCAGGGCACCAGUCCCUCUUGCUCUCAAUACUGCAGAAUGGCGGUAGUUACAGUAUACCGGACUUUAAUGGUAAGCCGGGCGAGACUUUGAAAGUGGAAGUUCAUGCGAUGACAGCGGAUGAAGCGUACAUUUCUGUCAAGUUGGAUGGGUCGCCCACCCGAGCACCUUCUUCCUCGCCUUCCAAUAGCCCUUCGAAGGCGCCAUCAGGUAAGUUUGACGUCCUACGACCGAAUCCGGCUCAUAUGAUUAAAUGCUGA